UUUUAAAUCAAUUUUUUCUAAAAAUCAGCUAGAAAAUAUGAAGAAUACCAAAACUUUGGUUUUUACUGGACAUCGCUUUCGUAAUCCAUCAACAACUUCUUUGCCGUCACAGAAUACUAAUGGGACUACUUCAAAACCGUCAAAACCCAAAACUUCGGUUGUUCGAGUUCAGUCAAUUUCGAAUGGGACGACUACUUCUAAUGGAAAAAUUAAUUCUCAGAUUACUACUAAGCAGCCUAAAAAGCCAUCAGGAAAAAAUGCUCAACCACAGAAUCUUCCUCAAAAGAAUAACAAUAUUGCUCAAACCACCAACAACAAAAAGAAUUCUCAACAACAAUUAUUGGACGACUCCCAAAUUAAUUGGUGUCCAGCACCCGAAUUUUUAAUAGUUGAAGCAAAUUCCUUUUCCUUCUCUGUUCCAAAAUUCGAUGGCAAUAAACAACCUGAAACUGGACAAGAUUUUCAGAAUUUAUUUAAUUCUUUGACCAAAUGUUUGGAAGACCAUAUUUGGAAUGCUAAUCGAUUAAUUUCAACAAAUAAAAAUUUGCCAGAGAAAGCUCAGGAAUUGUUGCGUGUUGGUGUUGGGCAUAGUCAAUUAUUGCUAAAUAAAAGAAUGAAACAAUUUGGUGAACAAUUGGAACGUUAUUUGAAUCCAACAGCUAAUAAUCCAAAGCCAACUUUGCUUGGUGAUUUGCAUGGACUUUGGGCUUUAAUUGAUAUGCAAUUGGAUGGUAUUCGUUCUACAUUUGCUGCAAUCGAAAAUUUUCGUAAAAAUGGUUGGGAUGCUUGCCGUAUUAGUUCAAAUAUAUUCUAG